GACCUCUCUGCUUCAGGAAGGGACGAGCAGCAACAACAAACAUGGAGGCGUCUCCGUUUGGCUUCAUACCGGAGCGGUACUGGACGGAGGAGAAAGAGAGGGCGCUCAUUGCCUUUUUCUCCAAGCACAGCUGUUUGUGGAACCAUAAGUCUGAGAGCUACAGGAACCGACAACUGCGAUGGAAAACUCUGGAACACCUGAGGAUCCUUCUGUCAGCUCACCCUCCUCCAGUUCGGUUCUCAGUUGAAGACAUCAAGAACAAGUUCCGAAACCUGCGCACCACCUUCCAGCGGCAGUACAAAAUGGUGAAAGCGAGUGAGGUGUGCAGGUCGGACGACGUGUUCGUGCCGCAGUGGAAACACUACCACCAGCUCAUGUUCCUGCAGGCCUCCUGGGACCAGGAGGACGGCCAUGACGAGCUGCCACCACUCUCACCACCACCGAUGGCUUCACAGGAGGAGAUCCAGUCUGUCCCUAACCCCCCAGGACUGAUUAUCUCCUUCCUCCCCAACCAGGAGACGUCCCCCUCCUCCUUGUCCUCCUGCAUCCCCUCCAGCAUGAUGGUGAAAUGUUUCUGGACUGAAGAGAGGGAGCGUGCACUCAUAGCUUUUUACUCUGACCAUGGUUGUCUCUGGAACAAAAAGUCUGAAAACCACAACAACCGUCAGCUCAGAUCCAGGCUGCUGGAGUCUCUGAGGGGCCAGCUGUCGGACCACACACUGCCUUUCUCAGUUGAAGACAUAAAGAGCAAGUUCAAGAACCUCCGGACAGUUUUUCACCGCGAGUACAAGGCGGUGCAGGCGAGCAGGACGUCCGACAAUCUCUACGUGUCCAAGUGGAAACACUACCAGCAGCUGCUCUUCCUCUGCGAGUCGUGCGAUGAAGACAACAAUCAGGACGACCUGCAGAUACUGACGCCACAGGAGGACCUGGAACAUGGAAACCAAACCCCCUCCUCCACUCUGAGCAGCUUCUCCUCCAGCUCCACCCACACCACCUCCAACAACAACAACAACAUCGUCAAGUUUAACAGCCCCUCCGCCCCCGCCAACGACGCCAAAACCAACCCCAGUGCUGUGUACCAAAUCUUCCUCCCUGAGUGUCCAGACAUUCCCAAACUAGCAGACCAAAUGUCCACUCCCACACGCCCCACAUCUCCACCCUCUUCAUUCCCGGACGUUAAACCUCCCUCAGACACCUUAACUGUAAACUUCUCCACAUCCGGCUCAGCUCAUCCUGACAGCAGACUGAGCGCCGACUCCCGCUGUCAGUGGACUGAAGCGAAAGUUCAGCAGCUCAUUUCAUUUUACUCUGAGCACAGCUGUCUGUGGAACCACAGGUCAGAGAGCUACAGGAACAGACUGCAGAGGCAGGGCCUGCUGAAGAUGCUUAGCAGAAUCCUGUCUGAGAAUGAGCCUGUCCCGUUCUCAGUGGAAGACAUAAAGACAAAGUUCAGGAACUUGCGGACCACCUUCCAGCGGGAACACAAGGCGGUGAGCUCCAACAAAACGUGCGGCUCCGAGGACUUUUACCUCCCGAAGUGGAAACACUACCACAACCUGAUGUUCCUCUGCGACUCCUGCGACGAGGACGAACGACCUGAAGAGCUGCACUACAUCGAACCUCAGGAGCCCCGCCUCCUCCACCUGGACAGCCAAGCCCCGCCCCCACCGUUACAUUACCACAGCUCUACUCAAUCUGAAGCCAAACUGAACGUCACAUCACAGAACCUCGAAGCCCCGCCCUCACCUACUCCCCCGGACUCUCAGCGCUCCUCCCCCUCCUCCUCCCCCUGCACCUCCCCUUCCUCUCGAACUGACAGCAGAGCGUCGGGACGCAAGCGAGCGAGCCGACGCCCCCCGGCUAUGUCCAGCGAUGUUCUGGACUUCAUGAGGACGUUGUGUCAAAGGCAGACAGCGUCACCACAUGCCGGCUUCCUGAAGUACGUGGAGGAGUGUUUGAACGAGACGCCGCCGGACAAAGUGAAGAAACUGAAGAAGAAGAUAAUCGAGACGAUCCACAGCGUGUCAGAGGAGAGUUCAUUCUAACCUUCAUUCCCUUUGCUUUCUAACAAAUACUACAGUACACUUUUCUCAAGUGUCAUUUCAUUCCAAACUGAACCUUUUUAGAAACCUGUCUGAGAUCUAAGCUUUAUUUAUGUAGCUCACUGGCAACACAGAGGUCAUUGAAAGUGCUUCUGAACUCCUUUUCAGACAUACUCCUGAAAAUGUCUGCAAUAUUCCAGGACAGUCCCUGAGGUCUUCCUGACUUGCCUAUUCACAUUCCAACCUCAGAGCGGGAGACUUUCCCUGUUGGACAGUAGGGAGGGGGGUUCUCAGGAGGAAAGACAUGAGAUAAAAGGUCGACAUGGAAGAUGAGGACCAGCGUCUGAUGCUGUGAUAACAAGUUUUGGUUUUAUAUCUUUUAUACGUGUAUCAGCAUAAACAAAUGAGUGGAAAAGAAAUUCAGGCGAGUAGAGAAGAGUUUGCAGCAGCCUCUUUAUGUCCGCACUGGUUGCAUGAUGUAAACAUCAUCACCCUUACCCCCUCUGGAGGGGAAUUUUCCUGACUGUUCCUGCUGCAAUCACACAUCGGCUCAGCGUACAGCACGCAGAAAUUUUGCCUGGAAAAAUUGCAGGUACAGUCAGGGUGAAGACAUUAGCUGUUAGCAUUCACACAUGCAGCACUCCCAGAAGUAUUUUGGAGGUUUAUGCAUGAUAGAAAUCUCCAAUAUAGGCAAAAAAGGAAACAUUCAAAAUCAAGAAAGACGAAAAAACACAAUAAAACCUUGAAAAUAGAAACAGUUGAAUUGUAAAAGUAGGUAAAAAGAGGGAAUAAAAUACAUUAAUAACAAUGUAGAUAACGGCAUCAUCAUCUGGACUCUCUGCAAGCUGUGUCCGGUCAGUGACUAUUGGUUAUGCACUACUUUUCACAAUGCAUUGUGGGAUACAUUACGUAUAUAGGGUAUAAAAGUUUCCAUUCAUUAUUUCAGGAAAACACUACAAAAUUAUUUUAUUGUGAAGUUAUUCACAACAUGAGUACAGGAGACUUCAGCUCCUGUUGACGUGAAAGUCCUUGUUCAAAGUUGAUAUUUGUUUGGAUUUCACAGCCAAUCAUAUCUCAGUAGGGAAUAUAUCUAUGAAAAAAAUAAUGCAUAUUUAUUAUCUUACAUUAUUUCACUAAUUUAAAGCCCCCCUGAUGAUGUCUUAGCUGGUCUGAAACUGAUUCUGAUGUUUCUUUUUGACCUGAAAAACUCAAAUGAGACCAUCAGGAAGCUGUUUCAUGUGUUCUAUUUUGUUAUUGUCAUGACGUAAACAGCUGCUGCAGGGAGGCGUCAGAUGAAGUGGUUUACAGCAUGCUGAAGAAACUGCCUUUUUUAAAACGUUUUCUAUGAUGGCAGAGAUCCCAACGAGUGAUACAAGACUACUUUAGCAUGCAUAGGACCACAACAGCAAAGAGAUAAGACCUACCACCUUUUGUCCACAGGGGGGUGCCAAACAACACAAACCAAAAGUUCCUCACAGGAGCUUUAAGUGAAGAAUCCUCCAAGAACACUAAAAAAGGCUAAAAUUAGCCUCUUAGCAUUGUAUGAUUCAUAUCAAAAUAACAACUAGCUGAUUGUUAAGCACUUUAAAUCAAACAGGAAAAUGUUUGCAAAUAAAAUGUUAGCAUGUUAGCAUUAAUACAGACAUACGUCAUGAACCAGACACGUCAUGUCCUGUCAUUAAGGGUUCAUCUUUUUUUAUCUGUGGUCGAUGCCAAAAGAAGAGUGAUCAGAGGAUCUCAAGUUCUCUAAUUCUGUACCGGUAUGUUUGGACGCUGCUUUCUUUGUUAUUUUUAAUUAUGUUGAGUGAUUUAUCACAAUCGACAAAGUCCUCAACAUCCUCUUCUAUGGUUGUGUCGAGAUCACAGUGUUCAAACUUUAAGACUUUUCUCUUUCUGAUUGUUUUUCUGAAGCUAAAAUUUACAAAAGGCCAGUCUUAUAGACUUCUCUGACUCUUGCCUCUAUGUUGUCACCAAUACAACUCUGUAAAUGUCACAUUGGAGGAUCUUUUUUUGUCAGUCUGAACUGAAACAGAUCUGUCAAAUUGUGAUGAAACAGAACAUUUUAAGGCCAUCUUUUAAUAUUUAUUAUGUUAUGAUGUUCAUGGGAUUUUCUAUUUUAAAGCAUUGUUACCUCUUUUUACAUUUAUGUUACAAAAAACGUGCAUUAAGCUUCUCACUGCACAGCUGUACAAACGUUUAAAGCCUGCUAGUUGUCAUCCUUGAAAAUCUAUGCAUGUUAGGACUUUAAUGAUGUUUUAAUGUUUCUGCUCUUAUUCAGUGUUUAAGUUUUGAAGAAUCAAAACCUUUCAAAGCAAAUCUUAUAUUUGUGAGCACUAUAACAGCUGCUGUUAUGUCUGUUUUCUUUAUAUGUUUUUAUUUUGCACAUUUACAUAAGAAUGUUGAAUCUCCACCUGUAGUCAGUGUUCGCACGCCUUGGAUCUACCUUUAAAGUGCCUUAUCCGAAUCAAAUCUACUGUUUUUGUUUCGCUGUAAAUAUGCAGGAUGUUGUUUUUUUUUCACCUUUUGACUUUAUACGUGCACUAAGUUUUAUUUACUGCAUAAAAUAUAAGAACGA